UUACAAGGAUUUUUGUGGGCAUAUGACAAAAUUUUUCGUAAAUUUUUUUACUGAAACAUAUAAAAUUUAUUGCAAUUUACAAAAAUGGCAAGUGAAAAUGUUGAAGAUUGGGAUCAACCUUUACCCACACCCGAAGAAAGUACAGAAGAGGAAACAGACGAUGAAGAGCUAACAUUUGAGAAACGUCAACAUAACAAAAAUCUUAAUAAACUUAAAAACUAUGUUGAACUCAUGGCAUAUAGACCCAUAAAACCGCCACAUGCUAGCCCUUAUACCGAAUUUUUGGCCAAACCUAAGAAGAGGUCUUUAGCGGAUAAUGCCAAACAAUUUGCCGAGAUAAUGGUACCGUUGGAAAGAGGUAAACGUCUAAAACGUUUAGCAGCCAAACAUAAUACAAUUACAGUGGAGCAACUAGAACAAGCUAUACGCGCUCAAAAGUCUAAAGAGCGCCGCAAAGAAGAUGUUUUAAAACGUAAACAAGAAUUGUAUUACGAAAUGCUUACCAAAUUAGAGCUACAAUGUCGCACUCAAUAUUUAAAUGUGGUAUUGAAAAAAUUUUCUAGUUUUCUAGCCAAAUUAGCAACAACAAUGCAUAUACCAGAAUCUCUAGUAGAACCUUACGCCCGCAUGCAUCGCGGUAUAUUCUGUAAUAUUUUACAAUCUAUCGGUGUAGAACCACCAACUCAAACCGCAAUUUAUUAUAACACUAAAGAACGUUCAGACUAUAAAGUAUGUCAUAAAUUAUCACAUGCUAUACUAAGUCUUAUAAUUAAAGCAUUAGAUUCGGCUGCAACUCAUAAUUUGGAGGAAGUACAACCUAUUGAAGCCGAUUUAAAAAUGGACAAUUAUAUAAAAGAACGUUUAAUGUGUGCUGCCGAAAAGAAAAUACAAGGUAAUAAACGUUGUACAAGUAAGAAUCGUGCAGAACCGGAUUCUCUGGAAAAGAAAUUGGAAAAAUGUAAAUGUAAUGUUUAAAAAAGUUUUUAAAAAACAUUCUAAACUUUAAAAAUUGGAAUUUUUUAUUUCGAAUUCCGGAAAUAAAAAUUUCGCAUUGAAUUUGAGAUUUCUUAUUUGAAAUUCAAAAAAAAAACGACAAUUUUUCGUAAUUUUAGAAUUUCAAAUAAAAAUCACAAUUUCAAAAAGAUAGUUUGGGAAUCACAAAUAAAAUUUCUGUCUUCUAUUUUAA